UGGCGGCCUCAGCGGGCCCCACCUGCUAGCGAUUACCUCUCGCGCAGCCACCCCGUCUCACAACGCGAGUAGAGAGGGAGGGGGCGAGCACGCCGCCCGCCGCCUGCGUCGUCCAUCGCCGCCUUCGGAGAAGGAGGAGGCCGGACCUAUGGCGGGCCGCGACGGAUUCGAGGACGACGACUUCAACCUCCCGCAGUCGUCGCCACCGCGUCGUCCGUCGCUGCCGCCGGAGAAGGAGGAGGCCGGACCCGGACCCAUGGCUGGCCGCGACGGAUUCGAGGACGACGACGUCAACCGCCUGCAGUCGCCGCCACCGCGUCGUCCAUCGCCGCCUUCGAAGAAGGAGGAGGCCGGACCCAUGGCGGGCCAAGACGGAUUCGAGGACGGCGACGUCAACCGCCCACAUUCGUCGCCCCCGCGACGUCCAUGGCCGCUGUCGGAGAAGGAGGAGGCCGGACCCAUGGCGGGCCGCAACGACUUCGAGGACGACGACGUCAACCCCUUCGCCGGAGGAAGCGUUCCCCCUGCCCCCAGUUCUCGGCUCUCACCUCUCUCCCACGAGCCAGCGGGUUUUUAUAAUGUGGACAUUCCUAUGGAUUCAACUAAGAUUCCUUCGUGGACAGAGUCAGCAGGCGGCGGGGCAACCGAAGUUCGUCUCUACAAGAGAUCAUCCUAUGGAUCGGCGCUGAUUCAAAUAGCAGCUCUUGCCCCUGUUGCACCACCCCGAGCUGUGGAGGGCGGCUCCGAUGGCCCCGACCAAGAGUUCGCCGGCGAGCCUGCUUUGUAUCUGGCAGUGGUCCAAGACGGCCACACCAUCGACAUCGCGCGGCUGCUAUUCCACGGCGGCGAGCCUGCGCUGGAAGUGGACAUGGCCGAGGACUACUAUGCAGCGGCGGAAUUCAGUUCCAGCGAAGACGACCGGUCCCUCCCCCUCGACGACUAUGGGAUGGUGAAAUCCAGCUCCAGCGAAGAUGACUGGGCCCUCCCAUCACUAGGUGGUGCUAUGUCCUUUUUGGGAAGGCUGGGGUGCAAGGAGUACUCGGGGAUUGGGGAUGGGGACUGGGACUGGGACAGGGAUGAGGAUGAUGAGGAUGAGGACGAGGAUAUGGAUGCGGAUGAGGAAAAGGAUGAGACUGAGAAUGUGGAUGGGGUGGAUGAGGAUGUAGCAGUUUCUGGAGGUUAUGAUAGUGGAGGUGAUUGCAAGGAGGGUGAUGGAGAGGAGGAGGAACAUGGGGAUACUCACCAAGAUACAAUUAAGCUUCGAGUUUGGCCAGCACAGAAGCACCUGCUGCUUAAAUUUUUUAGUGGCAAGCAAUGGAAAUUAACAAAAGCCUAUCGUAUAAUCUGGCUAAACCGUGAUGAACUGGAAGAGCUCUGCAAAUUCUCUUUCAAAAUUGAUGCUACUGCUCCUGAUCCUUUUUCUACAAGCAGCGUUUUCAGAAAUGUGAACAGUUCAAUUGAUUUUGAAACGAACAAUGUUCCUUCUGCAAUUUUUGAUGAUUUUGUAGCUUUUUUGAAACCGUCAAUCAACACUUUCAAAGUCUGUAAAGAACUUGGCGAAGGCAAUGAUUGCAAGAUUUUUAAGUGCCUUGUUUCGGGUAGUAAAUGUGCUGUUAAGUGUAUCCCUUUGCAUCCAUCUUGCAUCGAAGAGCCUAGGGAGGUUAAUAUCAUUUCAAGUUUAAGGAAUGGGCGCAUUAUGAUGCUUUAUCAGUCCUGGAUAGAGCCAUGGAACUACAAAAGGCAUCCUCGACAAGAAGAUUACCUGUUUCUCCAUCUAGAGCUCUGCUCAAGCACAUUGGCGAAUGCACUUUUGCCUGAAAAGUUUGACACAAUUCCGGAUAGGUGGAAACUUUUCGAAGAGAUAGUAAGAGGUGUCGAAACACUGCAUAAUGAAUUUAUUGUGCACCGGGAUCUCAAGCCAGAUAACAUAUUUCCUGGCCAUGAUCAUGAAGUCCGAAUUGGAGACUUCGGAGAUGCCUGUUGUGGCCAAGAUGAAUUCGGAAAAUAUGGUGGUACGCCUAACUGCGGGACAAAAAGUUAUUUGGCGCCAGAGCUAGACAGUGGUGAGAAGAUAACCGAGAAGGGAUGUGUUUGAUUUUUAUUAGUUGUUGCCAACUCGUUAAUCAUAUGACCGAGGUCCACUUUCGUUGUUACAUGCCAUCUUCCCUUUCCGUUUGCUAGGUUUA